AGCACAUUCCAAUUGUAAAAGACAUAGUUCUUUUCUUAAAUAGUUUUUUCCCCCUUCUUAUAGAUGUUCAAAGAUUUUUGUAGGCAUAUUUAUGUUGGAAAUUGUUAUGGGUUCUCUUGAAACAGCAUGUGGACUCUAUUAUAUUGGAACUUGAAGAUGAAAAUUUGGGACUUUUCCCUUUGAGUUUCUAAAUAUGGAAUAUUCAUCAUAGAUUUCCAAAAUGAGAUUCUGAAAUUUGUUGAUGUCAUAUAAUGAAUGUCCUAUGACGUUCACCUUUGAUCUUUCGAACCAGAAAGCCUAAUCCAUGGGAAUUUUCAGCCAAUCUAAGCACGGCGAGGAACAUAGGGCCUUUCAUUGUGCACUCGAGCAAUGAAAGAUGGAAGUGGUUGUUCAAAGUCUUUUUUGGCAUGUCUGUUAUUAUUCUAAAAGUUCAUCAUUACAUGCUGUGUAGUACAAUCACAUUCUCUUCAUUGUAUUUCAGUAAUUCUUGAAUUCUGACUGAGAUGUUAGGAUGACUCUUCUCUGAGUAAAGUACUGUUUUCUACUCAAUGUAGUUUUCAUUCUUGAUAAUGCCGCAUAUAUAGGAAAUGUUGAGUACUAUAAGUAUAGUGACUGGAUUUUCUUUAGAAGAUGAAUUCUGUAUAUCGCCUUCUCAAUUUUUGUAUGGUCUUCACAGUUUGAGGAUUUUAUUGAGAAUAAAAUUUCUUGAUAAACUUAUUUUAGGAGGAUGGGAGUAUCGUUUUCUUCACAGUUUUGUACCUCUCUUUGGCCAAGAAAAGCUUCCAAGAGAAAAAGGAAUAGGGAAGAGAAUAACAUAUGUCGCUACAAAUGACAUUAUUUGGGGAGUCAAAUACAAGCUUGAUGAAGAUGCUAUCAUCAAUGAUGUAUGCAUAUGUUGGUACUCUUAAUCUGUUGCAGCUUGUAAUUGUAGUGUGAGUUCAUAUGUAAUAGUUUUG